AGUAUCACCAGAAUGAAAAGACCCAAAGCAUCAUCUCCAGAACCCAGCUGUGUGUCAAUGAAGAGUCAUCUGUCCAUGCCACUACCUGAGAACUUCACUGAUGGAAGAUUGACCUCUGACCUCAGACACCCUCUGGAGCUUGUGCUGAGAAACCUUGAGCCACACAUUAUCCAUGAUGGCAAAGAAGUCUCUGAAAGAAUCAUUUGAUUCCCUGCAAAGUUCUUGCAGUAGCUCUGCUGCUAGAUAAGUGUUGCACAACAUACCAAUACUAAAACAUACUGAAAUACCCUGCAAUUAUAUUUCAUUUAAUUAGAAUUGAUUCUUGUAAUAUUAAGAAAAGGCGUUAAAUUAAUUCAAAAGAGGUGUAUUUCCUUAGUUGCGUUGAUGUGCAAGCAUGACCUUCUAGGCACAGACAUCCCACCAACAGACAUCUCGACUCGUUGAAAGAAUUGAAAGAGAGAUUCGUAGCAAAUGUGAAUUAUAACGUUCGCCGAAGUCGUGCUCAUACCUUCAAAAUAAUUCCAACUAUUGCGAUUUAUCUUGUGGUGGCUGAACCAGCUUUAACAAAAAAAAAUUCGGAGCAAAAUAUACUAGAGAUGCACCGAUAUAUCAGCCAAUAAUCUGUAUUUUUCGAUAAAAGCACAGUUUCACGCUAUUGGCCGUUAGUCAUGGCCGAUAUAACCUGUCAAUCGAAACAGGACAAGAAAAUGCAAUAAAUUUGUGCUCUGUGUAUGAUUAGAAAUAUCACAAGGUUUGAUGUCCAAUAUGAAAAGUCAUUAAAUUAAUUAAAAACAUUGAGUUAAUUUAAUCUUCAGAAUUUAGUAAAUGGGAGGUAAUAUAUAUAUAUAUACCGUAGAUUCCGAUAUCAGAGGAUACAUUUUGUAUCGGUGCAUCAUUAAAAUAUACAUAUAUAAAGUUAUGUUUAAUAUGAAUUAUUUUCGUUUGAUAAAAUCUGUUAUUACAUACUGUUUAGGGUAGUUCUGAUUCUGAGACCAGUAUUGACAAAGCCACCGAUACCACAAAAAAUACCUUUUGCCCUUUUCAGUUUACAUUGUAAGAUUUGUGGCUGCAUUUGAAGUUCUUUUUCACUCAAGAAAUAGAUAUUAAUUAAUAUACCAUAAAAUAAUCUUAUCAAUACCCUGAGCCCAGGUAUAGGAAUCGGUAUCAGGAAGGGAAAAAGGGUAUUGGAACAUACCUAACACUGUCACUGUAUAGCUUCACCGUGGGCAGGACAAUGCACAUGAAUUUAUUGAUUAUGCAGAAACACUUACACUCAUGUCACUUCAUAAACUGCAUGCACUUAAGCACUACGGGGCUAUACUAAUAGCUCAAACUAGAUUCUGAGGUAGCAGUUUGUUAUUAGCCGUUAGCGCAUAGCGUGCUAGGACAUUUGCAGUCACAUAAAACACAACACAUGGAGGUGAAUGUGUUUAUUAACCAUCCAAACUCAUUUUCUGUAGUUAGAUUUUCGGAAACACCGGUUUCAAGGCGUUUCACUGGAACUUUAAGCCCUGUGUUGUUUCUUUGUCCGGUAUUGUUAAUGAGUGUGUUGCUGUUAUUCCUCUCUUCCCCAGUGCCUUUCUCUUAUGGAUAUAUUAAAGAUUAAUCCUCCUUUGUCAAUUUACUCCUUCGUCGUGUGAUAUAUACAGCCAACACACCUGACAGCCCUAAGGCAUUUAAAACUAGCUUCAAACACAACAUGUAGAUGACCCCUAAUAGGUUGCGUUGUUUUGUCCCCUAAAGGUCCUGCAAAUGUUAUGAGAAUGUCCUGUAGCAGGGUUUUCAAUCAAAGUUUCAAGAGGUCCGGUCUUUAUAUUUUCUUCCAAACGGAGGUCUGGACGAUAUGUCUUUUAAAAAUAAAUAAAUAUUUAAUCAAUUUAGCCCAGUUGUAUAUACUGUAUAAAAUAAAUGAUCUUUACCAGUCCAUUUAUUUUAUAUUUUGAUGUAUGUAUGUAUAGGCUCUGUGGCUUUAGGGAAUGCCCUCUUAAUAGAAGUCUGAUAAUUAAUAUUUGUACAAAAAAAAACUACUGACAACAUGCAAACAGCAAAUCUAAUAUAUUAAUUAAAAUACUAUAUAACAAUUAAAAUCAUAAAAAGAAAACAAAACUACUAAAUUAGCCUUUCCAUGCCAUUUUCAUCUUCUCACUUUCAUACCAGAACUACUUCUGUCUUUAAAUAAUUUCCCAAUUCAAAUGUUGUCCAAUACAUAAUGUAAACCAGCCAAACCCCCUCAUAAAAUCAUCCAACAGAAUAUUCUGUGAAAAUAUAACAAUAUCUUCAAUAUUGACUGAAUAACACCAAAAUCUUUGUGAAAUUAAUGCUUGAAAUCAAUCUUUGAUGCUUGUUGUCAAAUAAUGACUAUGAUUAUAUAAGAUGUUAGCCUAGGUUUUCACAGCGUCACAAAUGUUUACAUACUGACGUUACGUUAUGGUUAGUAAAAUAUCACAAAUCUGGUUGAAAGGUUGGAGAAAUAUAACAAACAGUAAACAGACUGACGGAAACAAAUGCUUUAAUAUUUCUUGCAUUUUGUUUACUGUUGUGUGUCCUGAAUGUCCUUUAGUAAUGAUCCUCAAAACGCACAGAAAACAUCCACCAAUUCCACAAUCCUGAAAAAACUCCACAUCGUGACAGUCUGGGAAUGUCCUCGACCCAUCAGGAAUGUUUUAAGGACGUUCUCGGAAGAAAAACAGGUGGGAAAAAACAGUCUAGUCUGAGCUGGACUGAUUCAAACUUUCAGACGCCUAUCAACAAGACCGCAUUACACCGGAAGACGCUCACGCUGAACACGGAAAAGCUUCAAGACCUGCAGAGAGUGAAAGACAAACACAAAAGGAUCAUGAAGAACAAGUAUGAGAAUUUAUUUGAGGGAAUCAAAGCACAAGAGAAUCAAACGCUCCUGAAGAGAAUUUACACACAGCUGUACAUCAUAGAGGGAGAGAGUGAAGGAGUGAAUGAAGAACAUGAGGUUUUACACAUGGAGAAAAAGCCCAGAAGAACACAAGACUUACAAGACACUCCAAUCUACUGCAAUGACAUCUUUAAACCUCAAUCACAUCAAAGAGACAAAAUCAAGAGUGUUCUUACUAAAGGCAUCGCUGGAAUUGGAAAAACAGUCUCUGUGCACAAGUUCAUUCUGGAUUGGGCCGAGGGAACAGCCAAUCAGGACGUAGAUUUCAUGUUCCUGCUUCCGUUUCGAGAGCUGAACUUGAUUCGAGAGCAUCGCUACAGUCUUCACAAACUUCUGCUGGACUUUCAUCCUGAACUUCAAGAUGUGGACUCAAAGAUUUAUGAGGAGUGUAAAGUUGUGUUCAUCUUUGAUGGUCUGGAUGAAAGCAGAAUGACUCUGAUGUUUUCAGACAGUGAGAAAGUUUCUGAUGUGACUGACACUUCAUCAGUGGCUGUGUUGAUGUCAAACCUCAUGAAAGGAGAUCUGCUUCCCUCUGCUCUCAUCUGGAUCACCUCCAGACCAGCAGCAGCCAAUCAGAUCCCCUCCAAAUACAUCACGCGUGUGACAGAAAUCCAGGGAUUCAACGACGCUCAGAAGGAGGAAUAUUUCAGGAAGAGAAUCAGCGACGAGCAUCAAGCCAGCAGAAUCAUGUCACACAUUAGAAGAGCGAGAAGCCUCCACAUCAUGUGUCACAUACCAGUCUUCUGUUGGAUCUCAUCCACUGUGCUUCAGAAGAUCCUGACACAAGAUCACAGUGAAGAAAUCCCCAAAACUCUGAGUGAAAUGUACAUCCACUUCCUGCUGAUUCAGAUGAAGAUGAAGAAUGAGAAGUAUGAUCCAGAGAGAGAUCCAGAGAUCAACAGAGAAGUGAUUGUGAAACUGGCUGAAGUGGCUUUCAAACAGCUGAUGAAGGGCAAUGUGAUGUUCUAUGAGGAGGAUCUGAGAGAGUGUGGGAUAGACAUCACUGACGCCUCGCUGUAUUCUGGCAUCUGUACUGAGAUCUUUAAGGAGGAAUCUGUCAUUCAUCAGAGGAAGAUCUACAGCUUCAUACAUCUCAGUCUUCAGGAGUUCCUCGCUGCGUUCUACGUGUUUCACUAUUAUGUCAGUGAAACUAUGGAGGGACUGAAGGAUUUUGCAUCAGUGCAGAAUCUGCUUGAAGGUGCAGCAGAUAAAGCUCUUGAGAGUGAAACUGGUCAUCUGGAUCUUUUCUUGAGAUUUCUGUUGGGCAUCUCACUGGAGUCCAAUCAGAGACUCUUACAGGAUCUACUGACACACACACUGGACACAUCACAAACCAUCAAGAAAACCACACAGUACAUUAAAGAUCAAAUCAAGGGUCAUGAUGGUCUGUCAGCUGAAAGAUCCAUCAAUCUGUUCUUGUGUCUGUAUGAAGUGAAUGAUCAGACUCUGUACAGAGAGAUUGAUGAGUUUGUGAGAUCAGACAAACACUCAGAGAAGAAACUCUCUGCUGCUCACUGUUCAGCAAUAGUCUACAUGCUUCAGAUGUCAGAGGAGGUGAUGGAUGAGUUUGAUCUGAAGAAAUACAACACAACACAGGAGGGCAGAAGAAGACUCACACCAGCUGUCAACAACUGCACAAGAGCUCUACUUGCUGACUGUAAUCUCACAGUUGAGUCGUGUAAAAUCAUCUCUUCAGCUCUUCAAUCUUCAGAUUCUCCUCUGAGAGAGCUUGAUGUGAGUAACAAUGAUCUUCAGGAUUCAGGAGUGAAGCUGAUCUCUGAUGCUCUCAAGAACACAAACUGUCAACUUCAGAUACUGAGGUUAUCAGGUUGUAUGGUGACAGAUGAAGGAUGUUGUUAUUUGGCUUCAGCUCUGAGUUCAAACCCGUCACACCUGAGAGAACUCGACCUGAGCUACAAUCACCCACAACACUCAACACCUCAGCUGCUCGCUUAUCAAAAUGAUCCAAACUACACACUCAACAAACUCAAUUUGGAUCAUGGAGGACAUUUUAGGAUCACACAAGGAUUGAUCAAAUAUGCCUGUGAUGUCACACUGGAUCCAAACACAGCAAACAUUCGCAUCAUUCUGUCUGACGGGAACAGAAAGGUGACGUAUGUGAAAGAUCCUCAGCCGUAUCCUGAUCAUCCAGAGAGAUUUAAGGGCUAUGAGCAGGUUCUGUCUAAAGAGAGUUUCACUGGACGCUGUUACUGGGAGGCUGAAUGGACCGGAUGGAGUUUUAUAGGGAUGACUUAUAAAGGAAUCAGUAGGGAUGGAGAUCUCUGUUGCUUUGGUUACAACGACAUGUCAUGGUCUAUGUUCUGUGUUCCUGAACGAUACAGCGCAUGGCACAAUAAUAAACACAGAGACAUACCUGCUCCAUCACCUCCAUCUAAUAGAGUAGGAGUGUAUCUGGACUGGCCGGCCGGCACUCUGUCCUUCUACAGCGUCUCUGACACACACACACUCACACACUUACACACAUUCAACACAACAUUUAAAGAGCCUCUGUAUGCGGGAGUCGCUGUUUUGAACUCCUCUGUGUCUCUGUGUCACAUUGAACAACAUCUUGAAACAUCUUAAGCUGGGGACACAUUUAAUGACUAGCUGAAACAUUCCGAGACUGGAAACAACACAAUUAAAGACUUUCUCUUGUGACUGGAACCGAUUCUAGUCUGUGAACAUCAGAAAAUAACACACAUCUAACUACUGCAUCAGACCAAUAGACAACACUUUUAAAGAGUCAGACUGGACAUUCUGCUGAAACAUAAAAUCUAUCUAUGUACUGAUACAGAUGAGCAAUGUAUAUUUACAUUUUAUUAGUAAUAAAAACGGAAGGUGAGGCAACCAAGAUGUUCACAUUUCCAACAAAGUUAUGCCUUGUGAAACUACUCUCAUGCGUAAUAAAGGUUAAAUUAAUUGGAAAUAAUUACUAGAAUUAUGAGUGAUUUAUUAUUCGUAAAAGUAAAACAUUUUACUUACAUGAUGCAGUUACAAUGCAUAAGCCCCAAACUGCACCCAAACGCAAUGCAGAGACGUCUGCCUCUAAAUUCGGCUAUGAAAAUUACUUGAUUAAAAUAACCAUUAGAAAAAUACAGUGUUUAAAUAAACUUGAUGGCUAAGCAACCUUUAAAAGAAGGCUGUAUAUAUUUGCCGCUUUGUGCCCCUGACCUCAACUGUCGACACACAAAUUUUACUCAACAAAUCAUGCGAAACAAUUUAAAUAUGAUGAUCAUAUCCCAACGCAAGUGAUUUUUUAUGUUCUCUACAUUUUUAAGUGUAUUCUGCUUUAUUAACAUGUUUUUGCAUUAGCUCUGUCUAAGCUUGACAUGCUUUUGUUCUGUACAGGUUUACUAACACACUUUUAACAUACUGCUUAUUUUCGACUAUGUAACUUCGAUAUAGCUAUAAGUAAUAUAACGAUUAUGAAAAUUCCGUAUCCUCAUAAUAUAAAGUGCUUUUUGUUUUGUAUUUUUUUGCACAGUUUUAGGUGCUGCACAAAUAUAUUAUUGUUGUUUCAUUAAGACUCCACUGGGUUUGGUUGUAAUUUGUAUUGAGGCUCUGUAAAUUUGCGCUGCAGGAUUCUUUUUUUAUUUACAAUUAUAUUAGCCUUGUAACACUUACAAAACACAUGUCACCGGGGAGGGAAAAUGGCUAAUUGUGCCCAAUUUUGACAUUUUCACUGCAGUGUAUUUUUACUGGAAAACAAGAAAUAAAGAUAAAAAAAUUCCUCGAAUCAAGAUACUUUUUGUUCAUUUAGAAAAUUUAUCUUUUUUAGUAAUAAAAAUGCAAUUUCUGUGAAUGUGUGCUUAAAACAAGCGAAACAAUCUGCCAAUGGGGUAAAAUAAGUAAUCUUGAAUUGAGUCACUAAGAAAAAGGUAAACCUUAAUUCAAGAUUAUUUUUUUUCACCCCAGUGGCAAAUUUUUUUUGCUUGUUUUAAGCACAAAUUCACUGAAAUUUCAUAUUUUUAAGCAUGUAUGUAUAAAUGUAGUUUUUAAAGCAUUGUAAUGCACCUUUUCAUGCAUUAGACUAUCUUAUAAAUACUUUUUAUAAUCUAACAAUUCCUGUAGCUCAGUGGUAAGAGCAUUGAGUUAACAACGCUAGGUUGUGGGUUUGAUCCCAGGGGAUUCCAUAUACCUAUGUCUUUUCCAGUAAAAAUGUUUAAGAAAGUAGUUUUUUGUAUUGUACUCACUUUUGUUGCCAGCGCUUUAGACAGUAAUGUCUGUUUGUUGAGCUAUUUUGAGGGGACAUCAAAUGUACACUGUUAUACAAGCUUUACACACAUUAUGUUUUACAUUGUAGCAAAGUGUCAUUUGUUCAGUGUUGUAACAUGAACAGAUAUAAUAAAAUAUUUACGUUUAAUGUGA